AUGUCAGAAAAGACCCAGAAAGAUAUCUUCACGCUGUUUGAUAAACAAGCCAGAGGCAAAAUCUCGAAACAACAACUGGGUGAUUACCUGCGUGCCAUUGGAUUCAAUCCAACCAAUGCGCUAGUGGAAGAAGUCGGAACCGAUGCUCCGGACGCCUUGACACUUGAUGAGAUCACGACUUUGGUGUCAAAACACCGUGAGGCAUUGGACAAAACCACAAAGGCUCAGGUAGAGGACUUCAUCAAAGCCUUCCAGGUCUUCGACAAGGAAAACGAGGGCAAAGUCUCUGUGGGUGAUAUUCGCUACAUGCUGACGGGUCUAGGGGAACGUCUAUCAGAUGCAGAAGUCGAUGAACUUCUCAAAGGUGUGGAGGUGGACGCCGAUGGUGGUGUGGACUACCGCAAGUUCAUCGAGGAUAUUCUAAGGCAGUAG